GAAAACCCAAGGAAGAAGCUUCAGAGAUCAGAAUGAGUUUUCUUGAUUUUGCUCGAGUCUUGAUACAAAACAAACUUUACGGUGCGUUGACAGCAUUGUUGUGGGUCUGUGGAUGACUUGUAAGUUCUAUUUACCUAGAGUAGCUGGUGGUCGGAAAGCAAUCGUGUUGAAUGUCAAGUGCUGUCUUCCGCGAGGAUUAGGGUUUUUGAAUGAAAAGGUCUUGAGCGGAAUGCAGCGAUCACUGUGUUAUGGAAUUGCAGUAGCAGAAAAACAUGUCGGGAUCAGAGACAGGAGUGAUGGCCAGUAGGGAGCCCUUCAACGUGGGGCAUCAGAAUAGUCCGGCACCAUCACAACCGGUCUUGCAAAACACGCGCAUGUCCUACAAUGCUGAUGGCACAACUGAGUACAAGCAUCUUGCUGCUAUUUCCCCACCAACUUAUCACUCCUCAACCGCUGUCACUGGCACUAUUGUUAACGGCACCGAUGCCGGACAAGGGGGCGAAGCAUCGGGAAUCAAUGUCAACAUGGUCAAUGAGCCUUUGAAGAGGAAGAGAGGGAGGCCGAGGAAAUACAGGCCAGAUGACGCCAUGGCGCUCGUCUCGGCGCCCAAACCUCCCGCGCUUUCCGUGAACCAGUCCAGUGGAGGAUCUGCGUCACCCACUUCCACGUCCCUGAAGAAAGUCAGAGGCAGACCUCCCGGUUCCAGCAAGAAGCACCAGUUGGAGGCUCUAGGACCAGCUGGAGUUGGAUUUACACCACAUGUUAUUACUGUAAAAGCUGGAGAGGAUGUAUCAUCAAAAAUUAUGUCCUUUUCUCAGCAUGGUUCAAGGGCUGUAUGCAUCCUCUCAGCAAAUGGAGCCAUAUCUAAUGUGACGCUGCGUCAAGCUGCCACAUCUGGUGGAACUGUGACUUACGAGGGACGCUUUGAGAUCCUAUCACUAUCUGGUUCUUUUCUUGUAUCUGAACAUGGUAGUCAGUGGAGUAGAACUGGUGGAUUAAGCGUAUCCUUGUCUGGACCAGAUGGCCGUGUUUUAGGUGGGGGAGUUGCUGGACUUUUGACAGCUGCUUCACCUGUGCAGCAUGUUUUCAAAUAUUUGCGUGGGGGAAUUGAUGUUCCUGCACUGUGUAUUUGGAGUUUUGGGGAAGACUACAGUUGCCAUUUUGUUAUCUCACAAUUUGAGGUUGUUGUAGGGAGCUUCAUUGCAGAUGGUGGGAAGGCAUCAAAGUCAGCAAACCAAUUGGAAAUAUUAUCCGCCCCACCAAAGUUGGCCCCAAGCAGUGGUCCAGUGGGGCAGAGCAGCUCCCCAUCACGGGGCACUCAUAGUGAAUCGUCAGGAGGCCCCGGGAGCCCACUUAACCCAAGCAGAGGAGCAGCCUGCAGUAGCAGUAAACUACAAGGCAUUUCAUGCAUGCCGUGGAAAUGAAAAAAAAAAUUCAUAUCAUUAAUUCACUGAUUUAUGCAGCACGGGUGGGUUGAUGCUUGUGUCCGUCUACCUUUGCUUGUUUUACUGCUUGAGAGACGGUUAUGUAACAACAUUUGCUAUGAGUUGUAAGUAUUAGGUCGAGAAGGGAUGUAAUACGUUUGCAUAAUCAGGCAUAUAGUAGACAUUUGUAGUGGUUUGCGCUGUCUGCUACUUGAGGAGGCAUGAUAUGCUCCUUGUAGUAUUUAGGAUGAGAUUCCGUUUUGCUGUAUUGUUAGCUGUAACUUAAUUUUGAUGUUUGCGUGUAUUGAAUGAUAUCUGUUAGCCCCUCGUGAAAACUAAUUAGCUGCUGGAAUCAAUGAAUUUACCUUGCCCCAUUUGGGAGCACGUGGUCAACAA